CCUGUCUCUUGUCCCCGUAACCCCUUUAGAAAAAAAAAAAAAGAUGGAUUCAAUAAAAAGCAAUACCAACACCCUCUAAGAGAAGCUAGAAACAGAUUAUGAACGUUACUUUUGAACCAGAGGCAGAGGAUAUUGAAGCCAUUCUUCAACAAAGUGCAGAGUUACAGUCGAUGAAUGAGGCCGUCGAUCCCGAAGCAGUGCUGUAUGAACAGGAUGAACAGGAUGGAGAAUUAGUAAUGCCGCUAAAGAGGAAGUUGAAAGAAAAGUCAGGAACACGGAAGCGCCCUGCCAUAGAUAUGUUCGAAGCUGGAACAGAUGAUCUUGCAACGAUUACCUCAACAGCUAGCUCAACGCCCAUCGUUACACAACAACAGCAUAGGCCACAGCGACCACUUACACAGGCUGACUAUGACCUUAGCAACGCGCUGUCUGAGAGAGAGUCAAUACUAUUAGCCUCGGCCGUCCGUAAAAAUAAUCAAGCAAGGUCCACUCAAGAGCAGUAUAAAGCUUAUCAGAAACAUUGGAACGAAUGGUGCGAGCGCAAGAGGUACAGCGACGAUAACACGGUCACUCGUGAAAAGGUCCUAGUGUAUGUCCGCGAGCUCUUGGCUCCAAAAGUCAUAAUAGAUGAAGAGAACCCUCAUCUCAGUGUGUUGCCCGCUCGUGUCCACAAGACAGAAAGCUAUGAAGGCGAUUAUCCUGCUUACCCAACGAUCGCGUUUUAUCUCAAAGGAAUUCGAGAUCUCUACAUUCAACAGUGUUCGGAUAACAACGUGGCCGCAAAUGUGAUAGGUACUACACGCGUCCCUGAAGUUAUCGCGCUAUUGGACGGGUAUAGAAAGGAGCAUCACAAAAGAACGUCGUCCCAGGACGUUCUGCAACUGACAGUUGGUGCGGGAUAUCCUCUAUCUAUGUUCAAGAAAUUUAUGAAGAUCUCGUGGAGCAGGAGCUAUAAGCAUCUGAGUGCUGUCUCCAGGACACAGAAGCUAGUUGGCGCGCGUAAUCGUCUGUGUUUUGCAUUUAAUCAUUUUAUGAUCACUCGGGGACAAAGUAUACGAGAUGCCUUAGUGAGCCACUUAUUUCCCCACCACUUUGCGACUGCUGGAAAUGGACACCAGUUCGCAC